AUGAACGGAGAUCGGAUAAAGGCUUCUGCAAUUGCUAAAGCGAAAGAAACCAUAACCAAAAAUUCAAAUGCGCAUGCUAUGAAAAAAAGGAAGAAGGAUUCGUUAAAACCAAUCAUUACAACCGAGCAAGACUCUGAAUCUUCAAAAAUGGCUUCUCCUCAAGCCCGUGCAGGAUCUACGGGAGGAGGAACAAAUCGCGAUCCAUCAUCCUCUUCGUCCAGAGAAGAUGCCGCAGAAACGACUGCCGACGAAGAGGAUUCCGAAGAUUACUGCAAAGGAGGUUAUCACCCAGUAACAGUGGGUGAAAACUUCAAGGACGGCAAAUAUACCGUUGUUCGAAAGCUGGGAUGGGGACAUUUCUCGACAGUGUGGCUCUCCAAAGACAACGUCACCCAGAAACAUGUUGCUUUAAAGGUUGUACGGUCUGCAGCGCAUUACACAGAAACGGCAAUAGACGAAAUAAAAUUACUGAAUAAGAUCGUUGGUGCUAAGCCAGAUCACCCAGGUCGGAAGCAUGUCGUCAGUCUGUUGGAUUCCUUCGAACAUAAAGGCCCCAACGGCACGCAUGUCUGCAUGGUGUUUGAAGUCCUUGGGGAGAAUCUGUUGGGUUUGAUCAAAAGAUGGAACCACCGCGGAAUUCCUAUGCCUCUUGUUAAACAAAUUACAAAACAAGUUUUACUGGGUCUGGACUAUCUACACAGAGAGUGCGGCAUUAUACACACAGAUUUGAAGCCGGAGAAUGUACUCAUAGAAAUUGGAGAUGUGGAACAGAUAGUAAAAACAUUCGUCAAGGAGGAUACAGGCAAGGACAAGGAAGACAACAGAAAUGGCCGAAGGAGACGGCGAACCCUCAUUACUGGAAGUCAACCGUUACCAAGUCCAUUGAACGCCAGUUUCAACCACGCAGAUCUGUUAAGAUUUCCUGGCAGCACUUCAGGUUCGCACGGAAGCAUAAACGAAAUGCUAAACAAUGGUCGUUCCAAAAACUCUUCGCCCCAAAAAGAAAAGGCAGAUGAAGACAACCACACGCAACGAGAAAAGACUGCCGACAUUCUUACAGAUAAGGUCUCUGGCAUAUCACUCGAUAAAAACUCGGGCGAAAAGAAGAAGGCAGAAGAUGCCAACCAAUUCGAUAUAAUAUCAGUCAAAAUAGCCGAUCUGGGAAAUGCAUGCUGGACCGGACAUCACUUUACAAACGAUAUUCAGACUAGGCAAUAUCGAUCGCCAGAAGUCAUCUUGGGUUCGAAAUGGGGUGCCUCUACAGAUGUCUGGAGUAUGGCUGCUAUGACCUUUGAACUUAUUACUGGUGAUUAUCUCUUCGAUCCUCAAUCCGGAACCAAAUACGGCAAAGACGACGACCACAUCGCCCAAAUAAUCGAACUUCUCGGACCCUUCCCUAAAUCCCUUUGCUUAUCUGGCAAAUGGUCCCAAGAAAUCUUCAAUCGAAAGGGUGAACUACGAAAUAUCCAUCGAUUACGUCAUUGGGCAUUAUCGGAUGUAUUGAAGGAGAAAUAUCAUUUCAAAGAAGAUGAAGCGAAAAGAGUUGCGGAGUUCUUGACCCCGAUGCUGGAAUUAAUACCGGAGAAGAGGGCAAAUGCUGGAGGGAUGGCAGGCGGACCGUGGUUAGAAGACACGGCCGGUAUGAAAGGGGUGAAGAUUGAAGGCUUGGAGGUGGGGAGCAAGGGCGAAGGGAUUGAGGGGUGGGCCUUUGAAAUGGGUGGGGGCCGGGGCAUUGAGGCAUUAGCAUGCAGGACGGAAUGGAAUGGACGGUAUGGUAUGGUAUGGUAUGGUACGGAAGGGACUGGGAUGAUGGGAUGGAUGGGAGAAGGGAACAAUGUGAAAGCAUUCUAUCUUGCCUACAGCGAGCAAUACUAUACUAUACUCUGA